AGCUUUGGGAAGAAACAAUAAUACUCAGAGCGUUCUGCUAAAGCAACUCUUAGAUAACUAUGGACCAAUCACAGUCAGACCUGUGCGUGACGUCAGACGAUCUACGAAUGUGUCCUUCAGACUCCUUCCGGGUGAGCUCAUCGAGUUCGACGAAGAAAACCAACACGUGAAGCUAUCGGGACACAUGCGAAUGAUAUGGACGGAUGAGAACAUGAUAUGGGAUCCUUUGGAUUUCGAUGGCGUCAAAUACGUGACCGUUAAAAAGAACGAUGUCUGGGUUCCCGACAUCUGCCUCUAUGAAAGUGUCGUCAAGGAUUUCAUCAGCUACGCAGAUACUUACAUCAUCGUGUCGAACGACGGGACCAUGGACUGGUACGUCCAGGUCAUCGUAGCCGCUUCCUGCCCCAUCGAUAAUACCUACUUUCCCUACGAUGUGCAGCACUGUAACCUGACCUUUGGCCCUUGGUCACUGAUAACAGAUGAGGUCCUUUUUCAAAAGUCCUUUUUCGCCGAUGCCAAUUGGAACUUAUUCCAUAAAAAUGGAGUCUGGAUACUGGAAAAGACAAUAUACAGAAAUGAGAUCACAGAAUCGUGUUGCUACAAUUUCUCUUGGUCCACAGUCAAGUUUACCCUGCAAAUCCGCCGUCAAUCAAGUUUCUACACUCGUACUGUCGUUGUCCCAUGUAUUCUCCUGUCGGCGUUGAUGGUGCUCGUCUGUUGGCUUCAUCCAGCGUCUGGUGAGAAGGUGACCCUGGCGGUCAGUAACCUUCUGGCGUUGAUCCUCUUCCAGCAGCUCGUGGCCGAUAGACUGCCACCAAGCGGUGAGACUACGUCCAUCAUUGUGAUUUUCUUCACCGUGAUGAUUGGGUUGAGUUCUGCUGAGGUGGUGUGCUCCAUCAUUGUCCUGCGACUCUACCACACCGGUGGAAGGCGGCCGAUACCCAACUGGUUGAGACGCACGAUGCUGCACCCGUUCAUCAUGCGUCUCUACACGAACGCAGAGUGUACCGCCAUGCUGCGAGCCGAGGAUAAGGAUAACGAGUAAGUAUAGCCCGAUGCCACUGAAAGAUCCUUAACAAUUACUGUCCCACAGACAGCUUAUCCCGGAAAACUACCCCUUGGACA